UAAAAUUAAUAUGUCUCCUAUGGUCGUGAAAUAAACAAAAUUAAGAUGUCUCCAGACUCCAUGAACGUGAAAUAACUAGAAUUAAUGUGUCUUGUAUUUUCAUUCUGUACUAAAGUUCCUGAACGAUUUAGCCAUCAGCCCUGUUGAAAUCACUAUCGAUCUAUUGCUUAUUUCUAUAAUGAAGUCGACAAUUGCUGGAGCAUUAGACAGCGAUUCCUCAGCGGACGAAGACUUUGAUCUGUCGAGUUUUAGCGCUGCGUGCGACCCUUCCUUGGCUGGCGUCUACCAGACAAGUGGCGCCAUCUUGACAGACGAUCGCAGCGUGGCCGUGGACUGCGUCACUGGCGACACUGAGUUGGACCUUGUGCUGCGUGAUGUUAAGAGAGCCUGUAGUGCCGUGAGAGUGCAACUUUUAGGAGGUCGUAGCCACGUGGUGACGCAUGCAGCCUCCAUCAGGCCUGGUGCAACUUCAGCUUCUCUCUCGGGUCAUUCGUACGUCCUUUCACUCGCCGCUGAAAUACUGAGCAGUAGAGUUACAAUUCGGAGCAGCGAUGGACCAGAAAAAACCACGUCUUCUGAAGUCCGUAUCAACGCUACCAGCGAUGACGACCUCAAACUCCUGCCAGACGUGACCGUGACGCGUCAAGCUUCAGAAGACGGCGAGCUGCCGCGCGUGUCAGACGCGUGGCUCAGGAAACUCCAGCGUCGAUAUGGCUUCUCUUACUUUCAUCCUGAUGAGGAGGAAGUCAUAAGCGAAAGAUGCCAGCAAGUUGCUCUGGAUGAACAGCUCCUGGCUACCGGGGCGCUGGCGAGUCGCUACGCUGAACAUCGCAACGUCAAUCCCAAGAAACUUAUAAGGCUCGAGGUAAACUGCGAUGAAGGAAUUAUUAAGAAAAAGCGGCCCAAAAAAUCAAUUACUGCAACGGAAGAUGGAAAGAUAAUACCGCCUGCGCUAGCAAAAUGCAGUCACGAUAAAGCUCAGAUUGUUGAAAAGAAACUCAAAGCUGUGAAGAAUUGCACGCAAGAUUCGCAGCAGUGCCACAUGAUUAAGGCAUCAAACAUUGAAGACGGAGUUCCAAGUUUGUCAAAAAAGACAAAAAAUCGGAAGAGAGGCCCGAAGAAAGUGAAAAAGUCAAAGGUGAUAGAAAAAUAAAUCUAUAGCGCGAUGGAAUUAUAGGACAAGUCUAAUCCCUUUAUUGAAUUAAAAUACAUACUCAGCCAUUAAAAUGUUACCGUUCGUUUUCAGCCAAUGAGAAUUGUCAGCAAUAUUAGUGUUUCCAAGCAGGUGCUUUAUUAGUUCACUUCGUAUAUGAUUUCACUGCAAGAAUUGUGGAGAUACCCAAACGCUGCUAUUAUAUUAUAUCUCUGUAAGACAGCCAUCACAAAUGUCGAGUUAUGUUAAAAUAAUGAGUUAAGGCAAUGAGGCGAGUUGAUUAUAAUAGUUAUUGUAUUAUCUAGUGUGAUAUACAAUUGAUUUAGCUCUGACUUCUUACAUAUGGAACUCACACAUAGGGAAGAAACCAUCAAAUUAACAGAUUAUCGAAGAAUGCAAAGAAAUUAUUCCCUUCUGAUGGUGGAAUUACUACCGUCUUAGUGAGAACUUCAGCGAUAAGCAGUUAACAUUAAUGAGAAGCUUCAGUUAUGAUGCAUACUUAAUGUAAAUGAAGGGUAUUGGUUCCCA